AGGACAAGACACUACUCUUCAACCAUCCACUCCAAAGCUUGUUUUGUUGUGACGUUUCGCUGCCAUUUUAUCAAAUUUCACAACCACGAAAAAAAAAGCCCAGACUCAAUAAAAACCGCUCACGGUCUUUUUUCUUUUUCCAACGGUAAUGGAGAGAUACUAUCGAAGCUACGACGAACGCCCAAGAGGCUAUUACGAGCGACCACGAUCAGACACAUAUCGCCCAGGCGAGAGUUAUCGAUCAGAACGUGAUUAUCGAGACGGAAAUGGGAGUAAUUAUUCUCCCAGUAGUCGCUACGCAUCGUCUCGUUCGCCAGCGCAUGGACUAAGCGGUGGAGGAGGACCCGUUGGUUCUAGCAGCUCAAGUAGAAGUGGUGAUCGAUAUCAUGAUGACCAUUGGUACGGUAGUUACCCUGAUCCACGAUCUCAUGGCCCGUCACAUUACUCGCCUUCACGAGGUUCGUCUCCUUCUCGAUCAUCGCCUUCAGUGUCACCCCGCCGACAAUCGUACGGGGGCUACUAUUCACGGCGAUCCAGCCAGUACCCGCCGCCGCAUUCUCGUCGCUCGUCGCCUUCACCUGGUAGGCGUGAUUCAUACGAAAGACGCUCACCAUAUCAUGGUAGUAGUGGUAUGUCUGGUGUCGUUGGCAGCAACAGUAGCAGCAACAACAACAACAGCGGCAGUAGCGGUGCAGCACAAUUGCCGCCACCCCCACCGCUUCCGCCAGGUGGUUCUUCUAGUGGAUUAGCGUAUCCGCCGAGCAGCAGUUAUUCAUACUAUCGAUCAAGCAGCGGCGCCGGAUCGCCGAUGCACCCAUACGGCUCGUCUUAUUCUCCACGACGUAGCCAUCAUUAUCCUGGUCCGCCACCUUCCUCUUCCUAUUCACCUCGUUCGUCCUCGCGGCCACCGCCUUUGACAGGAUCGCGUUAUUAUGGGCCGUCGCGAGAUGCACCGCAACCGAGAAUAUCAUCGUCGACAUCGUCUUCCUCAUCGACUUCAUCGAUAAUGCCACCGGGUAGCUCUUAUCGACCCGCUGCAACAGCAUCUUCAGAACAACAACAGCAACCACCUUACGCUUCUUCCUCAAGACCGACAACACCCACAGCAGCACAACCAGCACCACUUCCACCGCCAUCCACCGUAGUAUCCUCAGUAUCAGCAUCAUCUACAUCAAUGGGAGCGCCAGGACCACCACCGCCGCCGCCUCACACACAACCAUUAUCAUCGCCAUAUUCACCUUCCAGUUACUCUCGCGCUCCCUAUAGCAGUCAUCACCAUCAUCACCACCAUCAUCAUUACCAAGGUCCUCCGCCAUCAUCAACGUCCAUUCGCCAUCCCCAUGUUUCCAGCACACCUCAUCCCACAUAUCGUAGCUACCAGCAUCAUCACUCACACAACCCACAACCUCCAGCACGGCCAAGACAAUCAUGGGCACCGGAAGUGGAAAAGGAGCUGGAGAGAUAUCAUGCUGAGGAUCGCAAGUCAUGUGCAGAAGAGAUCAAGGUGUUGGCGACGACAAGGAAAAGCCGGUUUGAGCUGGAACUGGCGAACUGGGAAACAAGUAAACUUGACCAUCAACUGGAACUCGUGCAGAAGCAGUAUGAUGAAUACGAUCUCGAAGAGCUGAUCAAUUCUGAGCUUCGGUCAAAGACGGCUGGAAAGGCGGGAAGGCCUUAGUGUAAAGAGUUGGAUCUAUCUACAUUCAGUGCGCCUUCAUAGCUUCUACUUUUUUCUUUUUGUGGACCCAAUAUAUCCUUGCUAUGUGAUCAAUAAAUGGAUUCUUGCUAGCAGCAUAAUUAC